AUGAAUAGAGUUAAUCAAUAUGUUUGGGUUGCAUUCGCUGCUACUACCAUCGGUCUUGCCGUUGGUACUCCAUUCUGUAAGGAUGUAGUUUCAAGUAUGGUUGGUUCAAAACAAGCUAAUGAUGCAAGAUUAAAUGAAUUAAUGAGACAAGUUAACAGCAGUGUUAGUGAUUUAGAUGAUGAACAUCAUUCUACAGGACAUGGUCAUGCGAAACAUCAUUAA